AUGGUCUCGUUCCAAACCCUCCUCCUCCUCGCGGCCACCGCCCUCUCGGCGACCGCCUUGCCCAGCACCAGCGCCAAGCCCCCCGGAAAACCCCCCCACCACGACCCCUGCGCCACGGUCCGCUGCGGCUUCAACACGGUCUGCGAAGCCGUCAAGGGCAAGGCGCGGUGCGUGCCCGGCACCAAGUGCGGGCCGACCAUGUGCGGCGCGGGCCAGGUGUGCUGCAACGCGAGCUGCGGCAUCUGCACGCCGCCUGACGGUGCUUGCAUCCAGAUCUUCUGCGAGAGUCCCAGCAAGUUCUGA